AAAUUUUGGAGGCAUUCCGCAUUCGUUUCGUUCUCUCAUCUUCGCUUUUCUUCUCACCUCCCAUUCCCUGCGGCUCGUAGGGCUCAAGAACCGGUAGCUCCUUCACUAGAGAAUUGGGGGGAAGUUUUUCGUUGGGAGGAGGAAGAUGGGCGAUUCCAUGGCUUUCAUAUGCAAUAUUCGGCUUGCGUGGAGAUCGGUCGCAAACUAGAUGGGUUUGAUUCCCUCGCCGCCGGGGCUGGACUGAUAUCCCCUUUUCCAUCGGUUUGAUGCAAACUACCCGCUGUUCGAGGUAAUUCGAUGCUUCUUCUGAUGAUAUGAAUUUGCUGCUCGUUGGAGCUGUGAUGGGUGAGUUCAUAUCAGUGUGACUGUGGCGGAGCUAAUUUCAGUUUUAGAAAUUGAGGGGGCCUUCUUAAUUUUGCAUCUCAAUCGAAUUAUUGCCACUGAACGUGAUUAGUGAUUGUUAGUAGCAACUACUGGAAGCAUUAUUUCAUUUUUGAUGCCGUUAUGGUGGGUUUUUAAUGGUCAACAAGAAAGUUUGUUCCUUUAUUUCUUCUGGUCUGAGGAGGAAAGGAGUUAAUGAGGUUUUGGAUGAGACUGUGCUUAAUGAACUCCAAUAACUCCAGAGGAAUCGCAGUUAGAACUUAGAGUUGUAGAUUGUAAAUUGUUUCGUGGGUUUUGGUAUAUUGAGUUUGAUAUGCCCCACCCAGAUCAUGGCUCUAGCUCAGCUAUUGAAUCUGAGUAUCUUGAUAACUAGCAACAGUCUGUUAAUCCUGAUCGUGAUUUUUGUUGAUUCCUAUCGAUAGCCAUGGUUGGGAAGUUUCUAGACUCUAGAAGUGAUCUUUAGCUUAGUUUAUAUUCAUGUUGCAAUCUAUUGUGCUUCAAAUGGGCGAUAACAUGAACCGAGGUUCCUCUGCUUUUUAUUGGUCUGGACUUUUUUACAUAAAACUUCUGAUGGCUGACAGUGUCCAUUUUGUAAAUGCUCUGCAUGUAUAACUUGCUGGUAACACAAAUACACCACUUCUUUCACUCGAAGAAGGGAUUCCCAUUUGCUGACUACCAAGGUAUCUGCAAAUGGUUGAGUAGGUUGGAGCAAAUAGAGAAUGGAAAGCAACUCACAUGCAAUAGGAAGUUUAUAGCACCACUAUGCGAGCUGUGCUGUGCAAGUUCUUUGCAGAUUGGCUCUCUAAUGCAUGCCUUUGACUCAGUCAAAUCUGCUCUCGGAGUUCUCGAAGAAUCUGUUGCUCUCAACUGUGAGGAAGAAACAACAAAGAGCUGCAUCCAGUACUUGGAGGCUGUUCCGUGGGACGACAGUGAAGAGGAAGAAAUCGUCAAAGUAGCCUCCAGGCUUGGCCCAAUAGCCAUGCCUAUCGUCGCCAGAAUAAGUCCAGUGGACCUAACUGCUACAAAGAACGUCUUCCUCUCCGCGCUCCGCUUCGCCACAUCAUCUCCUGGUGGAGAAGGGUCAGGCCUUCCCUUCGGCGAUGAACUCAGAACUUCGGCACAAGAACAAAUUGAAUACAUGUUGGGAGAGGAUGAGGAGACUCCAUUAAUCACAGCUGAUGAUGAAGUGAGAACGGUUGCCAGAACAGGCCUUGCCCAGAUCUUCUCCUCGUUCCAAACCAUCAUGUCAUCUUCCUUAUCAGAAACAACAGAGAUCGAAGCGUUGCAUAUUGUCUCCGAUCUCAUGUGGAUGUGCAACAUACUCCCGAAGAUGGACAUGAUGAAGGACUUCGUCGUGAGAUGGACUGAAGCAUCUAUUGUUGAGAUCAUAGAAGACAAUAGAUUCGAGUCGGUUGUAUGGGGCUUGAAAGUGAAGGUAAUCGAAGUGACAGUUAAAGUACUCGAGGCAGUUGGGUAUGGAACCGUGAUUCUGCAACCAACAUUGCGUGUGCAGUUGUUGAGGACGUGGCUGCCUUACAUAAGAAAACUGAAGCCGAUCUUAGAUGCAAAGGCUGAGCAGGACCCGAGUUUUGGACACAGGAUGGACGAGGAUCUGUGCCAGAACAUAGAAGGGGCGAUCGUGUCUCUAAUACUGGCACUGCCAUCGAACGAUCAGGGUGAGAUUCUGGCGGGCUGGAUGAGUGGGGAACAGGUUAAGUUCCCCGACUUGAGCGAGGCAUUUGAGGUCUGGUGCUAUAGAACCAAAUCGGCGAAGAGAAGGUUGGUGGAAGGUGGCUUGGACAGAGUUGGCAAUGGCAAUGGUAGAAUAGAGACGACUGAAAUGCGGGACAUGACUAUGAUCCCGUCGGCGAUGGUGUUGAUUACAGACACAGACAGGAAGGAAUCUCUUGCAGUGAAGGGUUCGAGGAACCACACACCAGUAGGAAGAAGGAAGAUGUAUGUGAGAGCAGUUCCUCCGACGGAUUUGAAUCGGAACACCGAGUGGUUCACGUAUCCAGGCGUCUGGACCACCUACAUCAUCAUCGUCUUCACAUCCUGGUUCAUGGUUCUCUGCCUCCUCGGUUGCUCUGCCGGCACCGCUUGGACCGUCGUGCAUCUCGCCCAUUUCUUCGUCACAUACCAUUGCUUUCACUGGAAGAAGGGAACUCCAUUUGCUGACGAUCAAGGCAUCUACAAUGGGCUGACUUGGUGGGAGCAAAUAGAGAAUGGGAAGCAACUCACACGCAACAGGAAGUUUCUCACUGUUGUGCCAGUUGUGCUGUACCUAAUAGCAUCGCACACAACAGACUACCAAAAUCCAAUGUUGUUCUUCAACACGCUGGCUGUCUUUGUUCUGGUAGUCGCCAAGUUCCCUCACAUGCACAAAGUCCGCAUAUUCGGGAUCAAUGGGGAUUUCUGACGACGCAAAUCCGACAAGGCGGCCGAAACAUGGUUCAUCAUCAUCAGCAUCAUGGAUCAUACCAUUCUGUGGAAUUUUCACUUUAGUAAGUAGGUUGGUUGAACCAUCGUUUUGACUGCAGUCUGAUCUGAUGUAAUGGGAGGGAAGAUGUCCCUGUACAGACACGAACAAGAAAGAAAAGAAAAAGUACUGAAAAUAUCUCUUUUGUUUCUUCUUUUUCCCCCCUGUCAUGGAAGUGAAUAUGUACCUAUACACAUAAUGCGGAAUUGGUUACGACAUCCUUCAAAAACAUUCUAUUCUCAAGACUUAAAACUCCAUCUUGUUGGGAUAACCUUCUUCUGCUGAAGGUUUCUUUCGGUUGAUCAGAAUGUGGAGUAACCAUUGAUUGUUGUAGGAUUUCACUU